GUGAAAGCUCCGGAAGUAACCGUUACUCGAACAUAGGCCACUACAUCAUAGGUCAACGUAUAGGGUAUAGGCUACCUCAGCAGCAUGUUCCAAGCUAUUUCAUCUUGGUGGUCACCUGCACCCGCUCCGAAAGAAAAAUAUGAUCCCACAAACCCUAAGAUGAACCCUCUCAACCCGCAGGGUCUUAAACCAUGUUGCGCCUGCCCAGAAACGAAAUCCUCUCGCGAUGCUUGUUUUCUCCAGAAUGGCAACGAAGAAGGCAAAUGUGCUGAGGUACUCAAGAAGCAUGUUGAAUGCAUGCGAGGGCUCGGAUUCGACAUCUAGUUGCCGUCAUUAUACUAUCGGCAACGCCGCUCACGCAGUCUCCGGUUGGCUUGCACCGGACUUUUUGGGCAGUCAUAGAAUAUCCCUUUGUUUCAUUAAUAUCAAGACACGCAGAGGAGUCCACACAUAAUCCCCACUUUGUUUCGUCUAAUGAUAACUCCCCACUCAUUUUCAACGAGAUCACCACGAACAUCACAAACAUUUGAGUGAGAAUAUUGCCCCCUGCGACAGAGUUACGUGGUCCUGGGCCUUCCAUCCGAGUCCAUCCUUUCCCUUCAGAAUUUGGGGUUUGUCAGUUGACAUUCCGCUGACACACGUCAUCUUAGCUUCCUCGCAGUCCAUACUUAUUUCGCCACCAAUACAUUUCCCGCUACGUCAUUUACGUUCCGCGUUGGGUGUUGCAUAAACUGCAGGA